UGUAUCUUGUAUUUCGAGAAACUAGUAGAAGACAGACGGAGGGAAAAAGGUACGAAGAAAACGAAAGGAUAAAAAAAAAACAUAAUCAAAAUAACAAAAUGAGUUACCAGAGAGUUCCUCAAGAUUCUUAUCCUCCUCCCGCAGGUUACAAUCCUUUUUCGCCACCACCCCCACCACCGGACGGCCACCCAUCAGCCCUUCCUCCUUCUUUCGAAGGUUAUCCGCCAUCUUUCGAAGUCUACCCGCCGCCCCCACCGCCUGGAUAUCACGCUUAUCCUCCUCCACAGCCGCCACACCAACCGCCUUACGAGGGCUACCAAGGGUAUUUUGCCGAAGGGUAUCCGCCACCUCCAGGUGGUCAUCCUCAAUAUCAACAAUGUCAACCCCAGUAUGAGCAGUAUCAGUACCAGGAGGACCAAUCUGAUGCUGGCUGUUUCGCUUUCUUACAAGGCUGUUUGGCGGCUCUCUGUUGCUGCUGUGUGUUGGAGGAGUGCUGCACAUGAUAAUUCAUGAAAGAUCGAAUUAUAUCAUUUACAUUUCUGGUUUUGCUAUGUUUCGUUUCUACUGUAUGAAGGGAGAAAUGCAGCUAAUAAAGAGUUUUACCCGUCCUUUGUGGUAGUUGUUACUGUUUUAUAAAGAGUUCUAUGCGUGUAGGGAUUCCAUCCCUAUCCUAUUGAUAAUAGUCUAUUUACUCGAACUUUGUAAAUGGAAGUUUGCAUUAUAAAUACAUCUCUCAAUUCGCUUGGUGUAUC